CUUCCCGAUCGUCGCCUCUGCAGCCACCAUGCGCGCUCCGUGUUGUCACACUGUGGGAUUCUCGGUGAGCCUCGCGGAACGGGCACGGAGCAGCGACGGGAGGACCACCGUACACCCCGCAACUUGCUAGCGUGCGUGCGUGCGGGACAGGAAAGGCAGGCUGUGUUUUCGACAUGGAUGUGGCGUCUUCUACCCAGCACACACGACUCCGUUCCGCUCGUGACCCUGGGAACCGCACAGCGCAGAGAGUGACGCGCUAAUCAUCUGGAUGAAAGUCAAAAGAGGGGUUGGAUGGCCAUGGACCCAUUCAGCCAGCUUAUCCUCACCAUCUCAGUGACCAGUUUCUUCACCUUCCAGUGGCUCUUCCACAAAGUCAGCCCCUGGGUGUCCACGCGAAUCAGCCCUGGCUUCCCCGGCCUCAGUGACAAGCAGAAGGUGGAAUGGAACUCAAGAACAGUUUCAACAUUCCACGCACUGUUGGUGGGAAUCUUCUGUCUCUCCAUCUUGUACUUCGAUGAUGCCGUCAAUGAAGACCCAGUCUGGGGAGAUCCUACACUGGUGAAGACAAAUGUUGCCAUCACAACAGGCUACCUCAUAUCUGAUCUGCUGCUAAUAUUUUACUAUUGGAAGGCGAUAGGGGACAAGUUUUUUGUAGUUCACCAUCUGGCAGCGUUGUAUGCUUACUACUAUGUACUGGGCGUUGGAAUGUUGCCUUAUUUUGCUAACUUCCGUCUGCUCGCUGAGUUUUCUACACCAUGUGUGAACCAGCGCUGGUUCUUCGAGGUACUAGGUUACCCCAAGUCCUCGCGGCCCAACAUGGCAAAUGGCGUUGCCAUGGCAGUGGUGUUUUUCGUGGUACGCAUCGCCGUCAUGCCCGUCUACUACAGUCGCAUGUAUGCAGUCUAUGGCACGGAGGCCUUCUACCUUGUGCCGUGGGGGGGCCGCGUGGCGUGGAUCUGCUCCAGCAUCUGCCUGGAUGUCAUGAACAUUAUGUGGAUGCAUAAGAUCGCCCGAGGCUGCUACAAGGUGUUGCGCUCGGCCCACCGGAGCAAAGCCAGCUUGCCUCAGGAGAACGGGAAGACAGAUUAAGGGAACCAGGAAGUCCGUGGCCACAAUAUGGACAAAAGUGACGUCACUCUCAUUGCACUGGUUAGCAGCAGGUGGGACCCUCACAUGACGAGCUGCUUCAGCAGGAGCACACCUGGGAUCUGUGACAUUUAAAUGCUGAAUGUAAUGAGGGAAACUGAGAUUCCUUUUGGAAAGUGGCUACAGUCACUGAGACGUACCGAUGGACCAAUUAACUGGCCGUCCGUAAGCCAUGAAAUGACGUCUUAGCAAUACUCUCCGGCAUGGCCACUUAUUUUUCUCUUGAACAAUUUUACGACUACACAAAAGGAGUUGUGCGAGGACAGUGGACUCUUAGCCCGAACCAGAAAUUGUCAAAAAGUUUACUGUUCUUUGCAUAUUUGUUAGUCAACGAAUGAAGUCAAACUUUGAGUUUGUGUCGACACAGAAGCCAACACAUGAGGGAACCGUGUAAUAAACGUAUUGGUGCCAUGAAAUCAUUGGGAGAUGCCUCCUGGGGGAGAAGAGUCUAUUAUCACUUUUAUUUCCCUCCUUCUUUUAGAUGCAGGUACUUGGUUGAGCUGCACAAAGGGUAAUAACUGAGAAGAAUACGUGUGAAUACAUCACCUGGUCACCCAUUCGUUUUCAUUCACUUAAGGGUUUCAUUUUAAAAAUCCGCCUUUAAGAAAUGUAUGGCGUCAUUGUGAGUGUCUCGGUGGCAAUUGAAUGGUUAAUUUAUAUUAUACAGGGGUUGAAGGGCGUCAGUGCCAUGUAUGUAGUCCGUGUCUUUAGUCUUGCAGGAGCAGAAGUGGAACAGGACAAUGAUGUGUUCAGGGUACAUCAGUGCAGAAGUGCUAAAAGGGAAACUGAAUGUCAAUACUGUGGUUUUUUUUUACUCUUCAUUUUGCAAUGCAAGGACCGUAACCGUAAUAAAAUAGAGGUCAUAGUUAACAUCCGAUUUGUAAAUACACCUGAUUCAAUGUGUUUACGAAGUGACAUGUCACGUUCACACAACAUUCACUCAACGUUCACGCUGCGUUUUAAUUUAUUUCACGUUGUGAUGUAUGUGAAGGCGUGAAACUGAUGUGGAAUCUGUGUCAUAGACAAACCUAAUGUUCCUUGAAGAGUUACGAGCUGUGUCUCAAUUCAGGGGCUGGACUGUUCAGAGGCUGCAUUGGAAGAGCGAUUGCGUCAAGGCGGCACGAUCAGACUGUUUCCUUUCGAAGACUCCUUCAAACACGGAGAAAUUAGUCUUUUCAUCCCCAGGAAAUGAAGGCCUCAAUGUAUGGAUCUAUCCCAGAAUUCAUUGCGUCCAGUUACCAGUAGACUGCGUCGACCCGUGAAUUGGGACGCAGCCUCGUUUGGAGGUUUAUAUAAUAUUCACACUUCCUGUUAAUUGUUUCUUUACAGGCGCAAACUGUUAAUUUGAUCCCUGGGCACCAAUUGCCAACAAGCUGCAUGCUGCUACGUGUUUUACAAAUGAGGACUAGUUUGUUUCCCAGACAAAAAAAUCUAUGUUUCAUACGGUUUAGAAGUUAAUAUUUUAUAGUCAGAAAGAGCAUUGUAAUUAAACCAGCCUCUGCCUCGUGUUGUAUAUGAUUUACAAGCUGGACACAAGUGUUUUAAGUUUGUCAGUGGGUCUAAGCUCUACUUGUUUUGUUUAGCAGCAUUCUACUGACCCCCGUACAACACUGAACACAUGGAACAACUCAAAGGUAUUUAGGGCAUGUGUAUCAUCUGUUUAAAAAUUUUAAGUUGCAAUUCAUCGGUGAUCCGCGAUACCUACUUGAAUAUUGAAUUGUAAAUGUAUCUUUUUAUCAGCUGUACAUCAAAAGCUGGCAUAUGUGAAAGCGAAACAGGGAUUGCUAGUAUGCCUUGCUUUAUGUUCCGAAUUUUCUGUUUUGUUGCCUUUUUUGUUGCAAAAUUAUUGUUGCACGGUGAAUAUUUUGUUACUCGACUCCUCACGACACUGUGAUUUACGUGUGUGUGUGUGUGUGUGUGUGUGUGUGUGUGUGUGUGUGUGUGUGUGUGUGUGUGUGUGUGUGUGUGUGUGUGUGUGUGUGUGUGUGUGUGUGUGUGUGUGUGUGUGUGUGUGUGUUUCCCCCGUCCCGUCCCCCCCUCCCCCCCAAGUACAAUGUGAUUGUUGAGCCUUUUGCAACGGAGCAGUUUCAAAUGUACAAGAGCCAAGAGGCUGGUUGUUUUUGCUUUGGUUAAGGAUUUUAAAAUUGAAAACAUAUGUUUAUGUGCCAGUGCUUGAUUCAUUACAAUUCAAUGGUUAAAACAAUCUUUUGCUGCCGUUGUAGGAAGAUGCUGAUUCUCUUUACCCAUGCAGCAGUGCCAACUCGCAACCAUGGGUUCAUAGGUUCCGAUUAGUUCUGUUCAACUGUAGUUCUGUUCUGUUUGCCAUGGUAAAACUUUUCAGUUGGCGCCAUUAAACCAGUGUGUUUGGAUCAGGACGGAUUUAUGUAUGUUUGUAUGUUAGGCAUAUGUCCUCCACAUCACAAGAGAAUAUUGCUUAUCUCACUUGUUGAAGAGCAGCCAGGAUGUGGCGUUUUAAUAUGUCAGUGGGAUUCAAUAGAAAAUAUUGGAAGGCGUUUCAGGACGGCAGCAGACGGCCACAAGUGGGCGUCACUGAGCAGGGUCAUGCAUGGUCAACAUUCUCUACUACUGCAUGUGGUAUCGCAUGGGUAUGCAUUGUACAACAAGCAUAUACAUGUGCAAGAGUAAUUUUGUUCUUUUUUUCUUAGUACAUGUACAUAAUGUUUACUUAAGCUUUAUUCUUGUACUCUGUCACCCAAUGUAAAUCCACAACUGACGAAGAGGAUGGUGUGGGGGAGAACAUUUAAAAACUUUAGUCCAAUAUCCAGCACAGAAGUAAAUCGGUAAAGGGAAAACUUGAAAUACUAGUCAGCACGGUUUAUAAGAACCCUGGGCAGUGCAAGUACACAUGAAUACUAGGAUCACCUUGCAACAUAGGCGUACCAUUGUCUUUAAUUUAUUAAUCCAAGAGAAUAAAACAAGGCAGACAUUACGGUACCGGAGCGUGGCGCUGUCGUCUGCUCUGAAUGUACAGGAGGGAUGUAGGGGGAAGGUUUGGUGACGAUCCAUGAAUGUGUUUGGAGAUGAGAAAAUAUUUGUCACUUGCAGUUUUUUCAGUUGUCCAUCACAAUAAAUACCAAAUUAACCCUCGGCCAAGAAAAUAAUGUUUUUUUUGUACUGAAUCAAUAAACCACGAAUGUGUGAAUUUCAAUCUACUGCCAAGAACAUGAAAGUCAUUAUUACUGGAUACAACUGAGCAUAUAUGAGUUAUUAUGUCCUUUGUUUUGCUCAUGUGACAUUUGCUUUCAGGAAAAGCAAUAUACAGAAACUGCCAAUAAAAACAUAGUGAACUUUG